GGCUAGCUCACCACGGGCUAGUUGUCGUUAGCUCGGCGAGGGAGAGUGAGGAGGGGACUGAACACUAUUCGGGCCAGGCCGCCCCCAGCUUGAGGGAAUGUGAACCAGAGGUGCGCAGGGGGGGUUGCUCGCUUCGUCCCAGACGUCCUUACACCAAACAACCGGGAUGGGACAGCAGGUAGGCCGUGUUGGUGAGAGCACAUCGACCGGACUCCAGCCACCACAGCCCCACGCGUCCCAACCGCACCAAGGGAAGGGGAACCGGGCGAGCGGCGCCGGGAGGAGACCCCGAGAACCCGCCGCUAGCACCGGGACACCACCGGGAAGGGUCGCUGCAGUCAACGUGCCCGACCCGGGGAUCAAUAUAUUCGUGCAGCAUUCAGAAGCUCUCCACAGGCCAUUCGGCCUGGACUCGGCUGCGCUGACAGAGGCGGUGCGCUGGAGCUCCAAAGAAAACCUCCUGGGGGCGGCUGAGAGCGACCCGAACCUCUUUGUUGCACUUUAUGACUUUGUCGCCAGCGGAGACAACACACUCAGCAUCACUAAAGGUGAGAAGCUGCGUGUUCUGGGAUACAACCAGAAUGGAGAAUGGAGUGAAGUGCGCUCUAAAAACGGCCAGGGCUGGGUGCCAUCCAACUACAUCACACCAGUCAACAGUCUGGAGAAACACAGCUGGUACCAUGGGCCUGUGUCACGCAGCGCAGCAGAGUACCUGCUUUCCUCCCUCAUCAACGGCAGUUUCCUUGUCCGGGAAAGCGAGAGCAGCCCUGGGCAGCUGUCAAUUUCUCUCCGCUACGAGGGGAGAGUCUACCACUAUCGGAUCAACACGGCCUCGGAUGGGAAGGUGUAUGUGACGUCUGAGAGCCGCUUCGCCACCCUCGCCGAGCUUGUCCACCACCACUCCACUGUAGCUGAUGGCCUGGUCACCACCUUGCACUACCCAGCACCCAAAUGUAACAAGCCCACAGUGUACGGCGUGUCACCCAUCCAUGACAAGUGGGAGAUGGAGCGCACAGACAUCACCAUGAAGCACAAGCUCGGAGGUGGCCAGUAUGGGGAGGUGUAUGUGGGAGUUUGGAAAAAGUAUAACCUUACAGUGGCUGUGAAAACACUCAAGGAGGACACCAUGGAAGUUGAAGAGUUUUUGAAAGAGGCGGCAGUUAUGAAGGAGGUGAAACACCCAAACCUCGUUCAGUUACUAGGUGUGUGUACGCUGGAGCCUCCUUUCUACAUCGUGACAGAGUACAUGCCUCAUGGCAACCUGCUGGACUACUUACGAGAUUGUGACAAGGAGGAGGUGAAUGCUGUGGUGCUGCUGUACAUGGCCACACAGAUCUCCUCUGCUAUGGAAUACCUGGAGAAGAAGAACUUCAUACACAGGGAUCUUGCGGCGAGGAACUGCCUGGUCGGGGAGAAUCAUGUCGUUAAGGUUGCAGAUUUUGGUCUGAGCAGGUUAAUGACUGGUGACACUUACACUGCGCAUGCUGGGGCAAAGUUCCCCAUCAAAUGGACUGCACCAGAGAGCCUUGCAUAUAACACCUUCUCCAUUAAGUCUGAUGUCUGGGCAUUUGGGGUUCUGCUCUGGGAAAUUGCCACCUACGGCAUGUCUCCCUACCCUGGUAUCGAUCUGUCUCAGGUGUAUGACCUCCUGGAGAAAGGUUACCGCAUGGAACAGCCUGAGGGAUGCCCACCCAAAGUCUACGAACUCAUGAGAGCAUGCUGGCAGUGGAGUCCAUUGGACCGGCCUUCAUUUGCAGAGAUACACCAAGCCUUUGAAACUAUGUUUCAUGACUCCAGCAUCUCUGAAGAGGUUGCAGAGGAGCUGUGUAAGACGGCCUCCUCUGGUCAAUGUGGACCUCUUCACUCUUUCAGUCACGACAUGCCCCUGUUGCCUUCCAAAUCUCGCACACUGCACAAGCACACAGAAAACAAGGAAAACAUCGAGGGUGGACUUGAUGGACGGUCCGACCACAGCACGCACGGUCAUGCAGGCUGGGCUUCUACGUUGUUAGGUGGGGAGGGUCGAUCAGGCAGCUCCCCGGCUCUGCCCAGGAAACAGCAGCCACGAGACAAGUCCCCCGCCAGCCUUUUAGAAGAUACACAGGAUAUGGGCACGUUUACACGAGACCGCAAGACUGGCUUCUUUAGCUCCUUCAUAAAGAAGAAGUCUUCCUCCUCUUCUUCCUCCUCCCAGUCCUCUCAGCUCCAACACAAUCUCCCAACGCCACCAAAAAGGAGCAGUUCUUUCCGGGAGAUGGAAACACAGCCUCAUAAAAAAUAUGAGCCUACCGCCGAUUUCAGCGCUCCCCCUCCCCUGCCCCAGUCGGACGGUCUUGGCGGCUUCUCCGCUUCUCCCUCUCACUCCCACGGGGAACCCACCCAGAGUCAGUCACGCUGUUGUGGGGCUGCCUUUGGGCAGAAACCCUCAGGUGGGGGGCUCGGCUCUCAGGUGUCCAGCGGCAGCAGUUGGAGUGGGUUGGCGGGUUUUUUCACUCCUAGACUUAUCAAAAAGACGCUGGGGCUACGGACAGGGAAGACAGCCUCUUCAGAGGAGGGUGGAAGUAUAGCUGGAGGGUCUAAACCCUUCCCUCGGUCUAAUUCUACCUCCUCUAUGUCAGCUGGGCUACCAGACCUGGAGCGCAUGGCUCUGACUUUACCCAGGAACCGCAGUGCAAAACCCCCUCUAGAGAGGACUGCUUCCACAACAUCCCAGCCAGAAAAUGGGGCUGCAAGGCCUUCAGAAACUUUGCUGAGGAGGAUGGAUGAGGGCACUGCACAGAUUAGGGAAAGGCCCAAAGCCAAGCUACUACCCCGGGGCACUGCUGCGGGAGUGAGGGCACCGGGGGUUGGGGGGGAGGUCGGGGAAUCGGACAGUCUGUCUCGGGUCAGGGAGGGCAGAGAGGAGAGUGGGGGAGGUCUGGACCGGCAGCAGAGUUGGCCUUCUCCCUCUAAGACUUCGAGUUCAAGUGCUUCAUCAACAGGUGCACCAACCCACAACCACAAAGUUCCAGUCCUGAUCUCUCCAACGUUGAAGCACAGCCCAGCUGACGUUCACCUUGUCGGACUAGACUCACAGGGGAACCGCUUCAAACUGCUAUCAGAACACCAAGCAGAGCGGGACAGGCCGCGGCUUGUGAAACCCAAAUGCGCUCCUCCUCCCCCUCCCACCCUGCGCAGCCUACAACACUCCUACAGUGGUGACGGGGAGGAGCAGGUAGGAGGAGCACCUGUGGAAGUAAACGGAGACACUUUGAAAGGUCACAGGUCAGGACGGACAUCAGGAGGAGCAACGACAGGAAGACCGUCUGUGCCACCGCCACAAGUGCCUCCCGCCUCUUCCUCCGUCUUUUCCUCGUCGUCCUCCACCAACACAACUCCAACCAAAAUGGCCAACGGAGCCACCAACUCUGCCUCCUCCGUGCACACGCAAGGUUCCAAAGUUGCACUGCGGCGAACCAGGCAGCAAACAGAGCGCGUGCCCCUGGAGCGCGUCAGCCGCGAGGCCCUGCUGGAGUGUGCCGAGUGCCUGAGCAGCGCCCUCCAUGCCAGCUCAGAAAGCCCCGCCACCAGCCAGGUGCUGGAUGCUGGCCACCAGCUGCUCGACUACUGCUCAGGUUAUGUGGACUGCAUCUCUCAGAUGAGGAACAAAUUUGCCUUCCGGGAGGCAGUGGGGAAGCUGGAGCUCAGCCUUCAGGAACUGAGGGCCUCCUCGUCGGGAGGCGGAGGGCUUAACAGCAUGGGGCCCAACACUGUACUAGACAACCUGCACAGUUGUAUUAAAGAGAUUAGUGACGUAGUGCAAAGGUAGCCACUGUGACACCCACUGUCACCUCCAACUAUCAGACGGAUCGCUUUUAUUCCCUUGUUUAUGUUUCUGGUUUUAUGGACUGCUUUUUGGGGGACGAAAUUAGAAGAAUCUCUUGAGUACCUCACACAAAUCACUACAAAAUAUAAUAUUUUUAUUGUUUACAAACAACAGUUUCAUUAAAAGCCAGUGUGGACACUAAUUUUGCUCUGACCUGUACAUAUUGAGAAAUUUGUAUACCAAACUAACUAUGGUUUGAGUCACACCAUGAAAUGUCUGGACCCACAUCUCCACCUGGCCGUGAUAAAGGCCUCUUUGUACAUGAAUGUUGAGUGUAUCAGCUGUUUAUAGCCAGCCCAGAUAGUAGGUACAGUCUGAGCUCAUUCUGCCAAUCAUUCAGUCUGUCACAUACUGAGAGAGAAACAUGAUGACUUAAGCCCAGCAGUGUUUUACAAGUGAGUAAAUUGUCAGUUGGGUUUACUUAGUUUCAAAGUAUUUUGCUGAAUGUCUGGGAACCAUGAGCAAUUUUUAAAGCCAUUUUAAUGUAUGAUUGAUUGGAAACAACAUCACCAUCUGAAUUCAGUAAGAGUUAAGGUUAUAGGGUCUCAAUUGAAUUCUUUUAUUUUUUUACAGAUGUUUUUUUUUUUUUAUAUAUAAUUUUCAUUCAAUCGAUUGCAACUGACAGUAUUUGUAGGUAGAGGGACAACAUUGAAAUCUUGUGUUGCUACAGAUUUAAACCUCAUUUUAUAGAAUACUCUUAGAGAAUAAACGACUCUUUAGACACUGACAUUCCCGUUCCCACAUGUCUACACAAGGUGAGACUGUUAAGAGAGAACUCAAGGGAUCAUUUACAUAAUUGAAAGUUGCUUGCAUUUAACAGGCGUGUAAUUACACUCAACUUAAACAUAGCUUUCAGUAUCAAAAUUGAAAUUAUUUUUUUUUUUUUACUUCCAUGUAGAACUAAUAGGCGAUGAUCCAAUAAGGGCGUUCUUAUCUAAUGUAUAGCAUUCGAAUUUGCUUCAGUGGCACAGCUGAUGUUCACAACUUAACACAGUGCCACAUAAAGUCCCCUUAAGCAUUUCAAUAUUUAUGUCCAGUUGUCCUUGCACACUACAUUUCUACCUUUUAUCAUGGAGCAUAAAAGAGUUAGGGGAGAGGGAGAGCACAGGGUAGCGCAUGAGCAGGUGAACUGGGACAGUAUUUCUAUAAGUGUCCUUCUGAGUAUGGACAGUGCUGGAUUCCCUGUAGCCUUGUCAUGGCCUCAGUGCCUCAAAUACUUCAAUGUAUGAACACUGCGAUAUGCAGAGACCUACUUUACAUGAAUCACACAGUACUGAUCUCUCAACAAACUGCAGUAUGUCUUCAGCACAUGAGCAAUUUGUACAUUAUUUGAUCAAAAAAAUGCGUUUUAGAAUGUCUGUAUGAACUUGAAUUUUAAAUUAUUCCUGUUUUUUUUUUUUUAUUAAAAGCACAGAGAAAAUUUAUGUAAAUAUUUGAUUUAUUUCAUAUCCAGGAAACAAAAGAUUUAUGUGUUGCUUAAAAGAUAAAGAGCAAUGUUUUUGACUGAAGAGAUGUAUUACAAGACUGAGGCUCAUCCACCCAGAUCUGAAUAUCUGCUUUAUGAAUGUAUUAUUCUUCCGUUCUGUAUCCGGUCGAAUGUUCACCUGCAUGACUCUUUAAAAUCUUAAGGUGCCAUUUACUUUGUUUUUAUUUAUUAGAUUUUUUUCUUUUGGCCCGUGCUUCUAAUUCUUGUCACUUACCUGAUUAAGUCCAGAAACAGAUGCUCUGUUUUUUUGAGCACAAGCAAAACUGUGUACAAAGACACAAAGCACAGGUAUGUUUUAUUUUCUGUACUUCACAUCUUAAUGUACACUGGAUAAGGCCUCAGACACAUCACUUCAUUGACACAUGUACUAACACACAAUGUAAUCUGUAAACACUGCAGGUCCAUAACACUUUCAAAAGGCUUGUUGAUGACACUUGAUUGAUUGACAAGUAAAAGUUUUGUCUACUUGUUUUCUGGUGAACUUUAUGUAACGAUUUCACGUAAUCGUGUGUCAGUAUAAAUGUCCAUGUUCUUGCCAAACAGCGUCGUUUGAGACACACUUAAGAUACAUUUCUAUUCACUGUGAGUUUCAAAUUACACCGACUUCAAAAAUGCCAUCAUGCUUUAUAGUGUUUAUUGGUGCCUUUUUGUGAACAAAUAAUUUAUGUGCAAAACACUUUUGCUGCAAAAUUUCACAGGUAUUACAAAGUCCAUCAUGACAACCUUAAUGUGUUUUCUUUCCUUUGUCAUAAGAUUGUAAUAAGGCGCUCACUGCACCACGCAUUUAUGACAGUUGGAGGUUAAUGGUCAGAUUCAAACUUAAAACACAAAGGUGGUGCACUUUCACAAUUAGCAUUGUUUUAUUUGAUAUACAAAGGCCAUACAUAAGAGGCCAAUAAAACACCUAAAAAUGGUUCUUCCAACACAUAAGAGUCCACUGCACUAGUCCAGCUGCAGUUUUGCCUUUUUAUCUGACCACACAUGAACUUUAUUUAAAAAAAAAAAAAAAAAAAAAAAGGAUAAUAAAUGCCCAGCACCAGUCUGGCCACAUUGCCUGUUAGGUUUCUGUUGAUUAGACGUGCAUAUCUCUGCAGCAGGAUCUCCAAAAAGCCUUAUCAAAGAGUUAAGAGGAAGUGUCAUACUACAGAAUUGAACACAUUUCCAGUCUGGGCCUUUUUUUUUUUUUGUUCCAAAAUAUAAACAUGAUCAUUUUCUAUGAAUGAGUUGGUAGCAAUGUUGUUUUUUCCCCCAUAAAUCUAGUGUCUAAAGUACUAGUGUUCAAUAUUUAAACAGACCACAAAACUCUACUCAUUCUCAGUAUCAGUUAUCUGCAUCGUCUGUCUUUCUGUUGUGUGCAUUCAUCCUGCAUAUCUUUCUUUCCCUCCUGUCUCCCUGUUUUGGAGAACAGCUCUGGAUAAACGUGUGUACACAUCGUUAUACCAAAGGCCACUUCUUCAGUUGUACGAGUGCAAUGUAAACCAACACAUACAGAAAUGGAAUAUGUGAAUCUAAACAGGGAUGAAACAUGGCAGAGAUGUUAACAUUAACUUUUUUUUUAUUGUACAAAGAACAUAUAUUUUGUGUUUUUUUGUUUUGUUUUUCUAUUUAAAGUUCACGUUAUAUUACUGUGAAGUUUUGCUUAUCAGUGUUAAGCCUAUUGUAAAUAAUAAAGAUAUUGAUGAGUA